CCGACCCAGAACUCGCUCGGCGAAAUGCUGCGCUGUUGCGCGAGAACCGCUCUUGGCGCCCGCGCUCUCCCUCUGAGGCGGCUGGCGGCGCGGCCCCUGAGCAUCAAGGCGACGCGGGCGGCGCAGGAGUACGACAAGAGCCUCUGGGGCGAGGGGUUUUACGUCAUUGACGACCUCGACGAGCAAGCCGAGGUGCUUGAGACUGCAGAGGAUGGCGUCACCCCGACCGUCGUCGCGCCUCGCGUCGAGAUGACGCUCGAGUGGCUGGUCGAGUCGCCGCCGCCGGAGCACACGUGGGAGGAGCCGCCCAUCUUUUAUGACGUCCUCCCAGACGGCGACGACCACUGAGCGCUGCCCUUCACCGGCCCGUUGCUGGGUCCGGUGUAUUUCUGCUCCACAUCUGGUGUGAGGCUGUCUUGUGGUGGAAGGCUCCCAACGGCCGCGCGGCGCGCACGCGCGCGAGAGAGAGAGAAGGAGAGAGAGAGAGAGUGCGGAGGGGUGAGUGGAGAGCGCACGAGGAGGGGCGAGCCACGAGCUUUUGGUGGCGAGGGAGGAGAGACGUAAACCCAGCAGCCCGACGGGGGAGCGCGUGUUGUCGUUGCGAGGCUCGUCGUUUGGUGUUGACGCUAUCUGCGGGAUGAUAGUGUCCUCUCUGAACUUACAAGGAUAAAAUAGUUG